CUCAGUGGGUUUACAGGACUGCAGGGGCUGGGGAACAGCCUCGCCGCCACCACCAUGUCGCCUAGCCUCACCAAUGGCAACUCCGGGCUCGACGUCUUGAGUCAGGCGUACACAGGAUUUCACCAAUAUGCAGGCUCGUCAGGUUUACUCAGCCCAGCUACAGAGGCUAACAGUCCCAUGAGCUUAUCAUCCCAACCAAUGCCAGUCAACCUGAAGCUGCUCGUGUCUGUGGAUCUAACAACGACUGGAGAUGAUGAGAAGGAGCCUCUCCUCAAUGGACUGGACUUCCUGCCGGACGGGAGACUGGUAGCAGUGGAUAACCAGAACAUGAAAUGUAUCAUACUGAAUGAGCGACUACAGAGACUUGGAACACCGUACAAGUUCAAGGGUAGCCCAUUUAGCGUAGUAUGGUUGUCUCAUGAUACACUGUGUGUAACGUUUAACGAUGUAGUAUGUCUCCUGUCUGUGAGUACAGACAAUACCAUCACACUGACCAGGCAGAUCAAAACAUCAUCCUCGUUCUACUCUAUAUGCUGCAUGUCUCCAUAUAACAUGGUCGUGAGUACGUACGAUGAUCCCCGUCCUGUGAGAAUGAUAUCAGUGGACGGGGUAGAGUCAGACUUUGAUCACUUCCUGACGUUUCCUAUGAAGACUUACAAAGUAGAUGAGAGUAGGUGCACGUAUGUCCAGUCUAAGAACACGUUAGUACUGACUGACAGGUUCGCUCAUACGGUAUACAUUUACGACACCUUGAAAGGCACGUCUAGAGCAGUCACUAAUGAGAACAUACAGGAACCUCGUGGUGCCUGUGUAGGGCCUGGUGACACGGUGCUGGUGUGUAGUAAGGAUAAGAACUCCAUCGUGCACCUGACCAUCCACGGUAAAAUACUGGGUACCUAUCCAGUGGAUAUGAAGUACCCGUACAGCAUAUGUAUGUCUAAGGAUGGUACCAAGCUGGUGGUGUCUAACAACGCUAUAUGCGCCAAGAAACUUCAGUUGUAUAAGAUAUCACAGGCAAUGAGUUAGCUGACUAGUAAGAUGUAAAUGUUAUCUGUGUGAUCAGGCUUUCUACACAGUUAUUAAAUAUUGACUUUCGUGUAUUGUUUGUGUUAAAUAAACUCGGAAUACUGUUCCGAUUAAUUAAAAUUAAAUAGAGUUGUAAGAAGGUUUUAUCGUUGAAGAAUUUCAAAAGGUUUCGAACUAACUAUGUAUUGUGCUUGUAUUAUAAUGUAAUAUGUGUAUUUCUACCUACCUUCAAUAACUAUUUUAGUGUAUAU